GGACUCAAAUCCGUAGAGUAGGCAUGCUGUUUGUCGCCCUCAUACAGUUCUUUGGUCGUGCUGAAGCAAAAACGCGCCUUCUGCUCCAGCCAGCUGAUAAAAAAAUUAAAUUAAACCGGCAUCAAGAGGAAAGCCGGGCAACCUGGGAUUUGGUUUUGAUGCAUUAACUAAAUACAUAGCUACCUGUUUAAGCGUUUUAAAUCUUGUAAACGGCUGGGAUUACCAGGUGAGCGGUAGGUAGUUUGCUUGAACUCAAGCCUUGGUUAUAACACCUAUCGAGUUGACUUCGCGAUUGUUUGGCGUAAACUCAAGCAGAACUAAAUAAGCAGACAUAUCUGACUGAAAAUCACGAAGGCUCCAUGUUGACUCUGUCGCAAAAAUGCAACUCGAAAAAGAGGGCGUCCUUUCAGGAGGGCGUGGAUUAUGAAAACACCCCUCAGGGUCUCAUCCAGCAGUGGUCACCCCCUCACAAGCUGCCCUGUGUCCCUGCGAAGGACAAGGAGAAUGAGGCGCACUUUGUCCUGGCCAAAAGGCCGCGGCGACGGAAAGAGCCCACAGGCCUGUCCUGGGAUAGUCUCCCUGACGAACUCCUGUUAGGGAUCCUUUCCUGCCUCCCACUGCAGGACCUCUUGGCCACGUCUCGAGUCUGCAAACGGUGGCACCGCUUGGCGUUUGACGAGUCUCUGUGGCACAGUGUGGACCUCUCGGGGAAGGUCCAGGUGGAUGUGGCCUUGCAGCAGGUGCUGUCUGUCGGGGCGGUGGGGUUGCGCUGCCCCCGGUCCUGCAUCACAGAGUCCUUCUUCCUCAAAGCACGGUGUCUGAGGGUGCAGCACCUGGAUCUGUCCAGCUGCACUGUGAGCCCCCUGGUGCUGGAGGACCUCCUCUCCCACUGCCGGCAGCUCCGGGAUCUCAGCCUGGAGGGCCUGCUGCUCUCAGACAGCAUCCUACAGUCUCUCUCCCGGAACGCUCGGCUGGUGCGGCUGAAUCUGUGCGGCUGCUCGGGAAUCUCAGCCCAACCUCUGCGCGAGAUGCUGCAGGGCUGCGCCAGGCUGGAGGAGCUGAACGUGUCUUGGUGCGACUUCGACAGCAGUCACGUGAAGGCUGUUGUUGAACACAUUACCUCCAGUGUCGUCCAGCUGAACAUCAGUGGCUACAGGCAGAAUUUCACAAUGGAAGAUGUGAAAGCGCUGGUGGAGCGAUGUCCAAACCUCACACACCUAGAUCUAAGUGAUAGCGUUCAGGUGACGGUGGAAAGCUUUCCCAUCCUGCAGCAGCUCUCCUCCCUCAAGCACCUGAGCCUGAGUCGCUGUUACCAGAUCCAGCCCGCGACACUGAUUGGGCUGGAGAAGCUUCCGGAGCUGAAGACCCUGGAGGUGUUUGGGCUGGUGCAGGACUCAUACCUGCCCGUGCUGAAGGAGACGCUCCCCCGAGUGCACAUCAACACCUGCUGCUUCUCCAGCGUGGCCCGGCCCACCCCCGCGGGCUGCAGGGACCGCAGCAUGUGGGGGGCCACCUGCCGGCUGGCCUUCAGGCCCUAACCUUCGGCCCCUGUAGCCUGGCCUUCAGGCCCUAACGUUCGGCCCCUGUAGCCUGGUCACAGAAAUGAACAAGACCUCCUUUUCCUAAGAGCGGAGAUUCCUUCCCAAAUGUCUAAUGUUUCGUUCUGUUCAAGUCGUUUUUGUUCAUGUCCGAUGUGUUUUAAAUAUUAGUGUUGGCAAUAAGCCACAAUGACCCAAGUUUUUACAUUUUCAGGAAGUCAUGGCAGUUUUUGUACCAUUUCCUCUGUAAAACAGGAUGCUGGAUUAUCUGGGCUCCGAUGGCCAGCUUUUGAUUCCUUAGCAUCCAUUGUAUCCAACAUUCCAAAGAAAGAUUUGUUUUGAUAAUUUGAUAGUGAACGAUGAUAAUUUUAUGUGCAGGAUAUGCAACAUUUAUCCUGCCAUUCUUCUGAAGGACAUUAACAUCUUGUUUCGUUCCUUCAGAUAGACAUUUUGUAAAGUUUGUGUACAGCUGCACUGAGCUAGCUAACACUAGGUAGUUUUCAUUCUAGGUCAUGCUUGAUUGUAUAAAGUAUGUGAUAAUGAAAGUAUAUCUUCUGGAACCCUUAAUUGGUGUGUGGGCAAUGUUUAGUAAUUUUGUAUAUUGACACACUGCCCCAUUAUGUCCAACUGGAAAGUGGUACUAAAUUCCCUGAAUCAUUGUUACACUAAUGGCUGGAGUUUUAGCUAACCGUUAAAGACUGCAGAAUACUGUGGUCUCUGUUUUACUGAUGAGUCUAGAUUUACGAUUACACUGAAUUAUAAAUGGCAUCAUUGGCUCAUCUUUUAAACUCAAUCUAUUAAAUUGGGUUAUUUUACUGAUAUUUUAACCAUGGUUUUGCCAGGUUUAGCUGCAUUUCAUGCAGCUGGCUAAAAGGGAGGGAAGUGUUUCUCACAUCAAGCAAUGAACUGCCAUAAUAGGCAAAUAAAGGGAUCACUUGGUUAAGUUUCAUUUCCAAAGCAAGUUACAAUUUAACAAACUAGUAUUGUUUUGUAAAUUCAACAUCCUUAUGGGAAAUAAUGCUGCUGUGAAUAGUAGGUUUACAAAUGUCAUGUUGAAACUGUUAUGUGACAAAUAAAAGUUCUUUUUUAGCA